AUGCAAGCUUUCGAAAGGGUUAUCACAACGGAUAGACAAAAUCAAUUUGAUUUUAUGCCUAAGCAACAGAUGAGGAUUGUGGAUCAGCAUAGGAGAAGGCUUGGGGUUGAACAGGUUGUGGUUAAUGUAUCAAACAAAGUUUGGGUAUUCAUAGAUCAAAAUUAUGAUUUUGAUAUUCUUUUCAAUAUGGAGCAGCAGAUCACAUUAAGGAUGACUGAUACUGAUGAUCAUAAGAAGUUUAUAAUCACCAUGGUGUAUGCUAAAUGUGAUGCAAUUGAAAGAAUUGAACUGUGGGACACGUUGUAUUCAUUGGCCAGUGAUAUGACCUUGCCAUGGCUCGUGGGUGGAGAUUUUAAUGUGAUUUGGGAUGACGAAGAGAAAUUUGGUGGUCUUCCUGUCCAUAUAAAUGAGAUUGAUGAUUUCAGGCAUUGCACUAAUACUUGCAACCUUUUUGAUCUUGAUUUCAAGGGAAGUAUUUUCACAUGGUGGAACGGGAGAGCUGAGGAAGAUUGUAUUUUCAAAAGACUGGACAGAUGUUUAGGGAACAUGGAGCUUCAACAGUUGUGGCCAGGUCUGGAGAUCAAUCAUCUAUCAAAGAUUGGCUCGGAUCACAGUCCUAUGCAUCUCACAUAUAAUCCCAGCUCUACAUGUAUCAAGAAAACAUUUAGAUUCCUAAAUUUCUGGAUCAAACAUGAGUCAUUCUUGGAUGUUGUUAAAGAAAACUGGGCUACGUUUGGGGAUAUAUUUCAAUGGAUAGCUAGCUUGGAGGAAGUGGUGAAGGUUCAUGAUACACAGUUUGAAUUGAGUCCAACAGUACAAAAUCGUGAAAGGCUCCAUAAGGUGCAGGCUGAUCUGAAUCGAGUGUGGGCAUUGGAGGAAGAAUUUUGGAAACAAAAAUCAAGAAUGGCUUGGUUUAAAGAUGAAGAUAGAAAUACCAAAAUGUUUCAUGAUCAUGUGAAUGGCAAAAGAAGAAAACUACAGCUGAAAAGAAUACAAGAUAGACAUGGCAAUUGGUUAGAAAAUCCAGCAGACAUGGCAGAAGAAGCUAACUGUGAGCUAACGAGGUUGCCAACAAUAGAGGAAGUAAAGAAGGCAGUGUUUUGUUUGAAUGGGGACAGUGCAGGUGGGCCUGAUGGCUUCAAUGGGAAUUUUUUCCAUGCUUGUUGGGAAAUCAUUGGGGAAGACAUUCAUGAAAUGGUGAAGGCUUUCUUCUGUGGACAAGAGCUCCUAAAUUUGUGA